AUCGCAUCCACACAAACCUGCCUCUCGAACUCUCGCACGUUAUCCACCGCACUAUUCUAUCACCCCGCAGGGCUGCAUCGAUCGUCAUCAUUGUCCAGAUGCAAACCCGUCCCGACCAUCCGUGUGGUGCCGGAGAUGUCUUGCUCCGAGACGCGGAGGAGUGCAAGUCCGGCCCUCCACCCAUCUGAGAUCAUGGAGGUGAAUCCUUCCUUCGGUGAGGGGCGACACGCGGGGGCUGGAGAUACGAUAUAAACCUCGAUCGACGCGCUGAUACCGACUUCUUCUCUCCUCUCAUCGAUCUCAUACCACCCUCGCACCCAGUCACCAUGUCUCUCCUCAAGUCCUACAGCAUCGCCUCCAUCCCCGCCGAUGGCAUUGGCCCCGAGGUCGUCGAGGCCGGUAUCACUGCGCUGAACGCCUUGGCCGAUACCCUCAAGACCUUCAAGCUUGAGUUCACCAACUACGACUGGAGCUCCGAGACCUACAAGAAGACCGGAAAGUACAUCCCCGAUGGCGGUCUCGACUCCCUCAAGAAGCACGACGCCAUUCUUUUCGGUGCCGUCGGCGCUCCUGACGUCCCCGACCACAUCUCCCUCUGGGGUCUCCGCCUGGCCAUCUGCCAGCCCUUCCAGCAAUACGCCAACGUCCGCCCCACCAAGGUCUUCCGCGGUACCCAGUCCCCGCUCCGCAACUGCAAGACCGGUGACCUCGACUGGGUCAUCAUCCGCGAGAACAGCGAGGGCGAGUACGCCGGCCAGGGUGGUCGCUCCCACACGGGCAAGCCCUGGGAGGUCGCCACGGAGACGGCCAUCUUCUCCCGCGUCGGUGUCGAGCGCAUCAUGCGCUUCGCCUUCGAGGUUGCCCAGAAGCGCCCCCGCAAGCUCCUGACCGUGGUCACCAAGAGCAACGCCCAGCGCAACGGCAUGGUUCUCUGGGAUGAGGUCGCCAAGGCCGUCGCCAAGGACUUCCCCGAUGUCACCGUCGACAAGAUGCUGGUCGAUGCCAUGACCACCCGCAUGGUCCUCAAGCCCGAGACCAUCGACACCAUCGUCGCCACCAACCUGCACGCCGAUAUCCUCUCCGACCUGGCCGCCGCACUCGCGGGCUCCAUCGGCAUCGCCCCCACCUCCAACCUCGACCCCACCCGCCAGAACCCCUCCAUGUUCGAGCCCAUCCACGGCUCGGCCUUCGACAUCACCGGCAAGGGCAUUGCCAACCCCGUCGCCACCUUCUGGACCGCCGCCGAGAUGCUCGAGUGGCUCGGCGAGGCGGAUGCCUCCAAGAAGCUGCUCACCGCCGUCGAGAACGUGUGCGAGGCCGGCGUGCUGACCGCCGAUCUGGGCGGCAAGGCCAACACCAAGGAGGUCACCGACGCGGUGGUGGCCGAGAUCAAGAAGCUGUACGGUUGA